ACUUUGAACUUCCCGUUUACGAUAUUUGUCCGCCAUUUUGAUUUCUGUUUGUUUUUCGGACAAGGCAUUUUGUGAAUAUAAAGACCGUCCGUUUAAUUUGAAGGGAGCAUGAAAAUCAAAGAUCGAUAAAGUUAAUAAAUUGAAGAAAACCUACUGACUCCAUAAUGUUCUGGAGAUUUACCUUACCUUCUAAAAUUGACAGUCUUCUUGAAAAAGAGGAAAUAUGUCUUAUGGAACUGCUAGAUGAGGACGAUGUCCUCCAAGAAUGCAAGGGUCAAAAUCAGAGACUACUUGAAUUUUUAACACAAGAUGAGUCAAUGAACAAGUUAGUCGAUUUGAUAGUUAUGCAACCAGACGAUGAAACAGAUGAGAGACGUCGUUAUAAGUUUCCGAACACGGCUUGCGAACUAUUAACCAGCGAUGUUGCUCAAAUUACUAAUAUGUUAGUGGAUGGAGAUAUCUACUUGGAAAGAUUGUAUAAGUUUUUAAACACCAAUGAUUCCUUAAAUCCGUUACUAGCGUCCUUUGUUGGCCGAGUAUUCUGCUUGUUGAUUACACGUAAAUCCGAAUCAACGCUGAAUUUCGUUAAAAGCAAAUUAAACUUUAUGGAUUUGUUAUUAAAACAUCUGGAGACGUCAGCUAUUUGCGAGUUGUUAACCCAGUUUAUAACUUGUAGCUCAUCUUUUGCAGCAUCAAAUAGCUUUCCUGAUAUUGGAGAAGACUGCGUAAAACAAUGCAGAUCUUGGCUAAUUGAUUUAAAUUUAAUAGAAAAAUUAGUCAAUCUGAUUCAUCCAGAUUAUUCGUGUUAUAUUCAUGCCAAUGCAUCUGGUGUCAUUAUGGAAAUUAUAAAGCUACAUCGGGAAUUUCUCUCAGCUAAACUUAAAGGAGAUGAAGUUUCUGAUGAAGAUGACUUGAUAGCAAAGCAGGCGGAAUCGUCAGCCUGUAUAAAUAAACUUCUACAUAAUAUGUUGUCAUGGAGGCGAAAUGUAGACACCACGUCUACUCCGGAUGAAGAGGAGAGACGAAAUUCGGCUCUUGUACACGGCUUCAGUAUUCUUUUAACUUUGGUUGACCCGAAAGCUUGUGCGCCGUCGAAUUCUGGACCUAUUAUGAACGAUCAAAUCAUGAGCGGUCUACCCGGCGAAAUUAUUUCCAAUUCCACAGAUAACGGACGUUCUGCAGAUGACAUAUUGACUUUUGAUGUUACUGAAUCUGUUGAAGGGAUAGUUCAGCACUUACCAGACAUUCAUCAGCUAUUGUUGAAUCCUCCAAAACAACAUUAUUCAACUAUGAACACUACUAUAGGUCUUUUAGAUCCCCCUUUGGGACAGAUUCGUUUAGCAGUUGUUAGACUUUUAGCAACGAUUUUGGAGAGAGCACCAAGUGAAAAAAUCAACGAAAAAUUAGUUGAAUUAAAAACUCAGCAAGUUCUUUUAGAACUUUUUUUUCAUUACACUUGGAAUAAUCUUUUACACACUCAAGUCGAAAAAUGCAUUGCGGCAAUCCUAAACGCCACUCAGGGUCUAACAGAAGGAACCGGAACGUUUAAAUUAGUAGAGCAAUUAUUUUCGUCAAACCAGUGUUCCUUAGUAUCAAAAAUUUUGUGGGCAUUUGAAAUGGACGCAAGGCGUGAAGUUAAUACUCGUAGAGCCGGUUAUAUGGGUCAUCUAACGAAAAUCGCUAAUCAUGUUACAACCGUCUCACAUAAUUUAGGAGCUGCAAGAGUCAAUGGAGGAGAUAGUUUAAAUGGCACCGAUGUUGAUUCAGUUCCCGAAACUCCCAGAGACCCGAAACCUACAGAGGAAAAAAGUGAACUUUCAAUUAGUACUGGUUCAGACGAAAAAGCUUUUUGGAGUGAUUGGAUUGAUCAAAGUGCUCGAGAAGAUUGGGAUAAAUUUGUUACCGGCACCCUUGAAUCUGUUAACACAAAAAACAUUAUUACACCUGUACGACAAGGCAACAUGGGGCUGCCAAGUAGUUCAGAAGAUGGAGACGAUGACUUCAAACAGGUUAACUUUCCGAGUGAUACAGGAUUACAGCAGGCAUUCUCAGACUAUCAACUACAACAAAUGACAAGCAAUUUUGUUGACAAUUUUGGCUUUGAACAGAGCGAUUUUGCCAAGACCGGACAAAAGCCUGAGUAAGUUGUAAAGAAAUCACCCCACAAGUAGAAAUUAAAUUUUACCGAUUCCUCAAUGCAACAGGUCGAUGUAUACGGAAAACGUUAACAGUAUUGACUUUGGUUCUGUUGAAGACUGCGUGAGUAUUCCAUUUUCAAAUACUAAAUCUUCUUUAACCUAAAUGCAUAAUUUUAUUGUAUUAUAUUUUAAGUCUCCCCAAUCGUCGAGAACCUUAUUCGAUAAAAUAGUUAAUAAGAAAAUGAAUAUUAUCGAUGACGAAGACGAUGAUGACGAUAAGAAUGCUUGGAAUCACGUUGAGGAAGUGGAAGUAAGAGCUGCACCGCACGCACUCUCUGCAACCCUUUGUCACUCAUCUGAUGAGGAGGAUGACUGCGAUGAAAAGAGGCCUAAGAAAUCUUCUUCCUCUGACAGUAGUGAAGAUCUCGACUCUCCACAAGUUAUUCGACAUACGGAAAUAAUGGAUGUCGAGAAGGAAGAAACAUUUACAAAAGCCACCGAUAUGGAUACCACACCAUGGAAAGAUGACGCGUGUCAAUCUCCUUCCGAAGAUAGCUCUAAUUGGGCCAAUUUUGAUUCAAUCGAAGAAUCAAAUAAUGAAAAGAAAGAAGGUUGGGCUGAUUUCCGAAAAAUUUCUGAUGUUCCAAUGGAAAAUGCAGAUUUGAAAGUUGAAACUGCAAGAGUUUCAGCAUAUGUCCUAUCUGAAGAUAGUGAAAGAAAUGAUGAAGUGAAGGAAAAAGAAAAUCCACAGGGGUAAGUCUUUUUUUUAGUUAAAGAGUACAGUUUAUAUUUUAAUUGACCUUCCCUUAUUCCCAUUAAUGUAAUACUUUAAUUUACGCACUAAUGUUGUUAAUAAAAUCAAUAAAACGAUCGCGAUUUUAGUUUGAUAUUGCAAGAUGUCGAGCAAGGAGACGAUCUAUCAGCAAACUUUGAGUAAGUUGCGAUUGGCUUGUGGUGAAAUGUCGUUUCUUUCUUCUGCACUAUGAGACAACUUAACAAUUUCUUUUCGUUUCCAUACUAAUAUUUUUUAUCGUUUUGUUUCAUUUUUUGUUUUCACUGAAUUUAUUUGAGAUUCUCCCUGCAGCUUUCUCUCAAAUUCCGGUCUAAUGAAAUAUGAGGAGGCUGCUGAACAGGCGUCAACUGCAGAAAAUGCACCAUGCAACGGAUCUGCUACUUAAAUAUGGUCUAAACUUGAUUUAUUUUUCAACGACCUAAAAAUUAAAAAAUAACUCGAUAUAAAUAACGACUUAUUUAUUGUUAUUGUAUAUUAGCAAUUUCAGUUGAAAAAAAAUGAUUUACAACGUUGACUAGUUAAAAGUGUUACCAAAUUCAGUAAGACCUACAUUAUUACGUAAAAAAUACAGGGAAUGUUUAGUGUGUUUAUUGUAAAGAAAUCAUUCGCCUGUUGAUAUUCUCUAUUAGCCAUAUCUAACAGCAAAAAUCGUACGAGUUAUUAUCUUCCGUAAUACAUAUAUUUUAACAUAUCUAUUUAUUUUUAAAGUUUUGUAACUUGAAAAAAUAUCGUACUCUUUUUUAAGGAAAAAUACUAAAUGGUCAUUUAUAAAUGUUCUUGGAGUUCACCAAUCUUCAGAUAUAUUACAUCGGAGAUUGAGUUAUAUACUAUUUGUGAUAUAACAUUUACUUAGGCAUUUAUUUUAUGACAUGGUAAUAAAAUUAAUGAAUACAAAUAUUGAAUCCUCUUA